AUGCCUCGAGGUCGCCCUUCCACUCGGGGUACGCCCAUCACUCCAGCAGAUGCUUCUAGAGACACAUCUACUGCUUCUAACCGAGUGACCCGCUCAGCUAGGACUAGAAGUCAGGCUGCCUCGUCUAUACCAACUCCCGCCUCAGCUGUAGACCUUCCGCAGGAUGUUCCCUCUGGACCACGCCCGAGAGGGAGACCUAGGAAGAGUAUCCCCGAAGUCGAGGCAUCGCCUCUGUCUCAAUUUCCUACUUCUGACAUCGCACUUCCCACUAAACGACGUGGCCGCCCAAGCAAAGCACCCGCCAUUGAGAGCGAGUCCGUGUCAUCAGUUCCCACACCACUAGACCCCGACACAGGGAGCGAUUAUUCAACUCCUGCGUCUAGCAAAGUGCCAACUCCUGCAGCAGUUGAUCAUGACAAGUCAGCUAUCUUCGAAGUCCAACUUCCUGCUCCUUCUACCUCUCGCCUCAUUGACCGCGAGAGAGGUCUACGUAAGAGCGCAUAUGCCAUGAACUCGAGGGGCCAAGGGCGUAUGGUAAUUCAAGACUCGGACGACGAAGAUCUUGACAAUUCUCGAGACGCUCAAGUAGCUCGUCGCCUCCAGGAUGAAGAACUCAAGCAACCGUCCAGUGCCGCAUCAUCAUCAUUUCCCCUACGAAGAAGCACUAGACCUUCGCUCUCCGGUAGUUUCAGCACUCCCGCUCAGAGUUCUGUCAAGCGAGAACGAGCAUCGACUCUGACCGACUCUAUCGCCAAGCGUGGUCGCCCAGCAAAAAAGCCUAAAGUCAUCCCCGACUCAGAUGAUGAGGACAUCGACAUGGAUGCGGAGAUAGCCCAAGGGCUUGACCUGGACAGCGGCUCGUCAUUGAGCUCAUUUGAGGAUGAAACCUUUGCCGAUGAUGACGCCAGCGACGAGGGAGCAGUUCAAGACAUCUCUAGUGAUGACGAAGACGUUCCAAUGGCCAUGUCGAGAAAAGCGGCCGGAAAGCGACCAGCGCGUCCCAUGACACGCACUGUACCCCGUGUCAAGGCACCUACUACGACUGGUUCCCGUUCUGCAGGGAAGGCUUCGCAAUCUGAUGGCCCGUCUGGUGAUGAACUCGAUGCAUUGGAAAACGCUUUAGGCGAUGCCGAUUCUACAGACUUUGCAACUGAUAACAAUGACGGCUAUAUCGACUUGAGUAGUAGCGAUGCUGAUGCAGAUGACGCCGAUAACACGGACCAAAUCAGGGGCAUCUCCAACAAUCGAAGGGCUUUCAGGAACACGGGUGUUAGCAGUCGUACGCGUAGGGAGCGAGAACGUUUGGAGAAACACCACCCUGAGAUCAUAACCAUGUGGGACAAGAUUGAAAAGGAGCCAGUGAUCAAAGCUGGGAAGGCUGCACAACCGGAAAGGAUUUCACGCCAACUCAAGCCUUUCCAGCUCGAAGGUCUUGCUUGGAUGAUGGAGAUGGAGAAGACAAAAUACAAAGGUGGCUUACUCGGUGAUGAGAUGGGCUUAGGCAAGACAAUCCAGGCUGUGUCUCUGAUUAUGUCCGAUUAUCGUGUGGGGAAGCCGUCCCUGGUUCUCGUGCCUCCUGUUGCGCUCAUGCAAUGGCAGCAAGAGAUCAAGUCUUACACCGAUGGCGCCUUGAACACAUUUGUUUUCCAUGGAACAAACCAGAAGACCAAGGGGAUCACCGUGAGGGAACUCAAGAAGUUCGACGUUAUUAUGAUGUCGUACAACAGUCUCGAGUCAGUAUAUCGCAAGCAGGAAAAAGGGUUCAAGAGAAAGGAUGGCAUAUACAAGGAGAAGAGUGCUAUCCAUGCGAUUGAUUUCCAUCGAGUUAUUCUGGACGAAGCGCACUGCAUCAAGACACGCACCACCAUGACAGCCAAAGCAUGCUUUGCUCUCAAGACUACAUACCGAUGGUGUUUGACGGGCACGCCUUUGCAGAAUCGGAUCGGAGAGUUCUUCUCUCUAGUUCGUUUCCUAGAAAUCGACACCUUUGCAUCGUAUCUUUGCAAGCAAUGUCCGUGCUCCACGCUUGAAUGGUCAAUGGACGAGCACAGUCGUUGCACUGGAUGUAAGCAUCCUGGAGUGCAACACGUUUCUCUGUUCAACCAAGAGCUGUUGAACCCUAUUCAAAAAUACGGGAAUAAACGCGAAGGCGCAACGGCUUUCAAGAGACUGCACUUGAUGACAGAACGGAUUAUGCUGCGCCGUCUCAAGAAAGAUCACACCAACUCUAUGGAACUUCCAGUCAAGGAGGUUUAUGUUGACCGACAGUUCUUCGGAGAAGAGGAAAACGACUUCGCAAACAGUAUCAUGACGAACGGCCAGCGUAAGUUUGAUACGUAUGUCGCCCAGGGUGUUCUCUUGAACAAUUAUGCCAACAUUUUUGGCCUCAUUAUGCAGAUGAGACAAGUUGCUGAUCACCCUGAUCUUAUCACGAAGAAGAACGCCGAAGGAGGACAAAACGUGCUCGUUUGUUGCAUCUGCGAUGAGCCUGCCGAAGACGCAAUUCGUAGUCGGUGUAAGCAUGACUUUUGCCGAGCCUGUGUUGGUAGCUACGUCCGCUCUACUGAUGAACCCGAUUGCCCCCGUUGUCACAUUCCCCUCUCGAUCGAUCUGGAACAGCCAGAGAUGGAGCAAGAUGAGAAUCUCUCGAUCAUCUUCUCUCAGUUUACUACCAUGCUGCAGCUCAUCGAGUGGCGUCUCCGCCGGGCUGGUAUCACUACAGUCAUGCUUGAUGGUAGCAUGACACCUGCCCAACGACAGGCCUCGAUCGAACAUUUCAUGAACAACGUUGACGUUGAAUGCUUCCUGGUUUCUCUCAAGGCUGGUGGUGUGGCACUGAACCUUACCGAAGCCUCUAGAGUAUUCAUUGUUGAUCCAUGGUGGAAUCCAGCCGCUGAGUGGCAGUCCGCUGACCGAUGCCACCGCAUUGGACAAACUCGACCCUGCACCAUUACGCGCCUGUGUAUCGAGGAUUCUGUGGAAAGCCGAAUGGUGUUGAUUCAGGAGAAGAAGACUAACAUGAUCCACUCCACUGUUAACUCAGACACCAAGGCCAUGGAAUCACUUACCCCCCAGGACAUGCAAUUCCUCUUCCGUGGAACAUAG